AUGCCGAGAUUGUGCUGCAGCCGCUCAGGGGCCCUGCUGCUGGCUUUGCUGCUUCAGGCUUCCAUGGAAGUGCAUGGCUGGUGCCUGGAGAGCAGCCAGUGUCAAGACCUCACCACGGAAAGUAAUCUGCUGGCGUGCAUCCGAGUGUGCAAGCCCGACCUUUCGGCCGAGACGCCCGUGCUCCCCGGCAACGGCGACGAGCAGCCGCUGACCGAGAGCCCCCGCAAGUACGUCAUGGGCCACUUCCGCUGGGACCGCUUCGGCCGCCGGAACGGCAGCAGCGGCGGCGGCGCGGGCCCGGAGCGCGAGGAGGCGGCGCCCGCGGGCCCAGGGCCCCGAGGCGAAGGCGCCGCGCCCGCGCCGCGCGAGGGCAAGCGCUCCUACUCCAUGGAGCACUUCCGCUGGGGCAAGCCGGUGGGCAAGAAGCGGCGCCCGGUGAAGGUGUACCCCAACGGCGCCGAGGACGAGUCGGCCGAGGCCUUCCCGCUCGAGGGCAAGAGGCAGCUGGCCCGGGGGCAGCCCGACGACCUGGAGGACCGCCUGGCGGCGGCGAGGGCCGCGGGGCCCUAUAAGAUGCAGCACUUCCGCUGGGGCAGCCCGCCCAAGGACAAGCGCUACGGCGGCUUCAUGUCCUCCGAGAAGGGCCAGACGCCGCUGGUGACGCUGUUCAAGAACGCCAUCAUCAAGAACGCCCACAAGAAGGGCCAGUGAGGGCGCGCGGGCCGCGGGGCGGGG